AUGGAGGCACACACUCACGAGAUCACGGAAGUACCAGAAGCGGCCAGAGUCAUCACCAUGGCUCUUUCCAUGAUAACGAUCAGUGUGCUCGCCAUAUGCCUCACUCGCCGGAUACAGUUUGUUCAAGGUUGGAAAAACAUCUCGAUGACGAAUGGCCGCUAUCAUGCACACUCUCUUGUACUUUACGUUACUGACUCGGUGGCAGNNCUGAUAUACUACUUCUUGGUCGAGAAAGUUCACAUCAUCCGAACCACAAAUACUUCGAGAGUGAAGAGCAAGCUAUGGUUGUUCAACUUUNUUGGUGUCAUCUGUAAGCCNCCUAUGUUGUCUUGGUCGUCCUUAACUUCGUCNUUCCGUAUCGCAUACAUCAACGAGAAAGGCGUCUGCGUUAUUGGCAUGAAGAGGCGUGCUCUAGUACCACUCAUAACGUUUGACGUUGUCCUCAACGUCUAUUUGACAUCGCUGUUCUUGCAUCCGUUGCGGAGUGAGUAUAAGAGAACCAUCAGGCCUCGAUCUACUUUUGCUGAUCCGACAUCACAGNAAUGCUACUCGUUCAAGCAAGGAACGGACUCGGUAAUGCGAACAUUGGUCACUCGAACCUUUGUAGGAUCUUGUGCUACACUCUUGAUGAGUGUCGUCAACUUGUCGGUCCUGACGAUCCUAGACGGAGAACCUGGAUACAUCUGUCUGUGCUUGUGCAAUCUUGACACAAUUGACAAAGACCGAACCGCAACUUCUAUAUCUUCAAAGUCCAAGCAAAUCUCUGGAUCCAUGGGUGGGUUGAACAGCACGAAUGGCGGCAACGCAGACGACUUUAUGGAGUUAGACGAGAGAUAUGUCGCCAAGCUGACAACCGUCAUCGAGGCCAACAGAGAAAGUCCUGAUCUAGAUAUGCUGAGUUCACGUGCGAUCGGAAUAAAGACUCAGCAUGUGCGUGAAGUGGAGAUGGAGCCUUACGAUAUUGACGGUGAGAGUGGCAAUUGGAGAGAGAGCCAGGAGAGGAUAGUCAAGCCUGAGAGCAUUUAG